UUAGUGUCAAGUGUAAGAAGUCGCCGGACAAAGAAAGUCGCCGGGAUAUCGACGAGAAGUACACGAGAAGUGUGCGAUAUGUCACCGGGAAUGCAUAUUUUAAGGGCACAGAGCUAAGAGACCAGAUAGCAUAAGAUCAAGACACCGAAUUCGUUCAUAGGAAUACGAAACAAGAGCCAAAGGAAGAAUAGGAAGACCAACAAAAACAGUCAACGCAAAACGACAAGAUGGCCGAUGUCAAUAGGUUACACUUCAACGAAGAGGCGUCAACAUACGACUCCAAACAUAGUAAGCUUAACGAGCGCCUUGCGGAAGAGAUCCAAGUCCGAUUGGACUGGAUCGGUGUCGACUGGGCUAGCGACGACGACAGUGACGACGAUAGUGACGACGAUAACGAUGAAGAAGUAAAAUCGAAGCCGAACCGACCACGUAGGGAGGUCCGUUUACUUGACUAUGCUUGCGGGACAGGCGCAAUGUCUAGAGCCCUUGCUCCUUAUACGACACAAAGUGUCGGUAUCGACAUUUCAGAAAACAUGGUUGCCGUGUUUAACUCGCGUGCUGAGAACCAGGACUUGUCCCGCGAUGAGAUGCAUGCCGUAGUGGGAGAUCUUGCAGCGGCAGAUGGACCGCAGCCUUCGGAACUUUUCGCAGACCCCCGUUUUUUCAACUUUGAUAUAGCCACUGUCGGUGGUGGGCUCCACCACUUCGCGGACCCGGAGCUGGCCUCCGAUCGCCUUGUCGAACGUCUACGCCCCGGUGGCGUCUUAUUAAUCUGGGACUUCCUACCGCACGAGCCUUACCAUGGGCACGGGGUCAUGCACCACGGUCUUUCCGAGGAAAGAGUCCGAAAGAUGUUCGAGCACGCCGGCGCCGGAAAAGGCUUCUCCCUUGACGUACUUGGCUCCGGCAUCGUGCCCGGCCAACAUUCAGAGGAGGACAAAUUGCUUCUAAAGAGACAAAUAUUCCUAGCUAGGGGAGAGAAAGCUGCAUAAGUACGAUGCUUCAAUAAAUACCUACCUACCUAGGUAAUUAGCGAAUUAUGCAUGUAAAUAAAUAUAUCGGGAUGAUAUACACCGUUGUUUACUCAGCUAUGAAUGGUUGAGACAAGCAAUGAAUAUUGUUACGCAUGAAACUACACUCUAAUAACUGAUUUGAGACGUGCAUGAGGGCUUGAAUGGCUAUUUUAGACUUAUAAUCGCAGUCUUCGCAGCGAAUUCCGAAUAUUUGAGGUCAGAGGUUACAUGUUCUCCAAAUUGAAAUCCGACGACGAAACUGAAUACAUAAUAAAUAGUAUGUCAUCUCUAAGCUAUUUAAUUUGUUCGGCCAGGAGACCAUGGGAAGCAUCGCAAGGGCUUUACUUCAGGGGUAGUAGAUUAGAUACGUAGGUGGUGUUUAGGACUGAGUGGUUAACAGAUUCAUUUGGAACAACCUUCCGGUAGAGGGCGAGACUUAAAUACUAUAGAUACCUA